GAGGAGGAAGAGGCGCGGCGGCGCUGCCCGCCGGCUCUGCGUGCGGAAGAGUUUGCCGCGCGAGCAGCCAGCCUCCCGCAGGAGCCCAAGAACCCGCGCGGCUGCAGCCCGGGAGCAGCGGCCGCGUAGCUCGCAGACCCGCAGCCGCGGCGGCGGCGGCGGCGGCGGCGGCGGCAGCAGCAGCGAGUGCAGCGCCUCCCGCCGCCGCCCGGGAGGACCUCGCCGCGCCCGCUCGCCGCCUCUACUCCCAGCGGCGGCGGGAGGCGCGUCUCCCCGGCCCAGUCCGCGCCCGGCCCGGCGGGGCCGCCCCGGCCCGCUCCGAGGAAGCUCCCCGUCGGAUGCCAGCGUGUUCUUUUGCUGGGAGGUGUGCCCCCUCCUCUAACCGAGGAGGGAGGAGCGCCUUUACCUGUCAGUAGAGACGCGCAGGUUCGGAAUCCGGGAGCGGGGGAGCCCCGAUGGGUACCAAAGGACUAAAUUGAAAACCAGCCUUGCUCAUCUGCCUGCACCUCCUUAACUGCUCGAGGAAAAGCUGCCUAGAGAAUCUCAUGGAUGAAGAUGAGAAAGACAGGGCAAAGAGAGCUUCUCGCAACAAGUCUGAGAAGAAACGUCGGGACCAGUUCAAUGUUCUCAUUAAAGAGCUCAGCUCCAUGCUCCCUGGCAACACUCGGAAAAUGGACAAAACCACCGUGCUGGAAAAGGUCAUCGGUUUUCUGCAGAAACACAAUGAAGUCUCAGCACAAACGGAAAUCUGUGAUAUUCAGCAGGACUGGAAGCCUUCAUUCCUCAGUAAUGAAGAAUUCACCCAGCUGAUGUUAGAGGCAUUAGAUGGCUUCAUCAUUGCAGUGACAACGGAUGGCAGCAUUCUCUAUGUUUCCGACAGUAUCACGCCUCUCCUUGGGCAUUUACCGUCGGAUGUCAUGGAUCAAAAUUUAUUGAAUUUCCUUCCUGAACAAGAACAUUCAGAAGUUUAUAAAAUGCUUUCUUCCCAUAUGCUUGUGACAGACUCCCCCUCCCCAGAAUACUUAAAAUCUGACAGCGAUUUAGAGUUUUAUUGCCAUCUCCUCAGAGGCAGCUUGAACCCAAAGGAAUUUCCAACUUACGAAUACAUAAAAUUUGUAGGAAAUUUUCGCCCUUACAACAAUGUGCCUAGCCCCUCUUGUAAUGGCUUCGACAGCGCCCUCUCAAGACCUCACCGGGUGCCACUAGGAAAGGAGGUCUGCUUCAUUGCUACCGUUCGUCUGGCAACGCCACAAUUCCUAAAGGAAAUGUGCAUAGUUGAUGAACCUUUAGAGGAAUUCACUUCAAGGCAUAGCUUGGAAUGGAAAUUUUUAUUUCUGGAUCACAGAGCGCCUCCAAUCAUAGGAUACCUGCCUUUUGAGGUGCUGGGGACCUCGGGUUAUGACUACUACCACAUUGACGACCUGGAGCUCCUGGCCAGGUGCCACCAGCACUUGAUGCAGUUUGGCAAAGGGAAGUCAUGUCGCUACCGGUUUCUGACCAAAGGCCAGCAGUGGAUUUGGCUGCAGACCCACUACUACAUCACCUACCACCAGUGGAACUCCAAGCCCGAGUUCGUCGUGUGCACACACUCGGUCGUCAGUUAUGCAGAUGUCCGAGUGGAAAGGAGGCAGGAGCUGGCUUUGGAAGACCCACCAGCAGAGGCUGUCCACCCGUCAGCACUAAAGGACAAGGACCCAAGCCUGCAAGCUCAGCAGCACUUCAGGGCCCUGGGCGUGGGCACCUCAGGCCCCAACACCAGUCACUCGCCAUCGGCAUCCUCAAGAAGCUCCCUCAAGUCCUCGCACACAGCCAUGUCCGACCCCACCUCCACUCCCAGCAAGCUGAUGGCAGAGGCCAGCACCACGACUUUGCCAAGAUCAGCUCCCCUGCCCCAAGAGCUCCCCAUUGCAGGGCUCAGCCAGGCAGCCACGAUGCCGGCCCCCUUGCCCGCCUCAACGUCCUGUGACCUUGCCCAGCAGCUGCUGCCUCAGACCAUCUUGCAGAGCCCACCUGCCCCCAUGACACAGUUUUCAGCACAGUUCAGCAUGUUCCAGACUAUCAAAGACCAGCUGGAGCAGAGGACGCGGAUGCUGCAAGCCAACAUCCGGUGGCAGCAGGAAGAACUGCACAAGAUCCAGGAGCAGCUCUGCCUGGUUCAGGACUCCAACAUCCAGAUGUUCUUGCAGCCACCAGCUGCAUGCCUGAGCUUCCGCAGCACUCCGCGGCCCGAGGCUCAGCAGCAGCUCCCACAGAGGCCGGCGCCCAGCUCCCAGCCCCAGCUAAGGGCCAGCCCUCAACUGCAAAGGCAGAUAGCCUCUGCCCCAGUGGCUAACCAGCAUCUGCUCAGAGACUCAAGUGUGAUAUCCUCCCAGGGCCCAAAGCCGAUGAGAAACGUGCAGAUGAUGCCAGGAAGUGGUCCCUUGACUAGCAGCCUGGCACCCCAGUUCAGCGCUGCCACCGCGCUCCCGCCAGCCCUCAGCCUGGCCACGCUUGCAUCUGCCAACCCGGACACCAGCCCGUGCCAGCCCAGCCCGGAUUUCAGCCACGAUCGGCAGCUCAGGCUCCUGCUGAGCCAGCCCAUCCAGCCAAUGAUGCCUGGGUCCUGUGAUGCGAGGCAGCCCUCCGAGGCCGGCAGGACCGGACGGCAAAUCAAGUACCCACAGAGCCCGGCCAUGUUUCAAAAUGCAGAUGUGCACACGACGAGCAGCAGCGCCUCGCCUCCCAUCCUGCUUAUGGGGCGGGCAGUGCUUCACCCCAGCUUCCCCACCACCCAGCAGCCACCCCUGCAGCCCGCGCAGGCCCAGCACCAGCCACACUUCUUGCAGGUGCAGACGCCAACCUCUUUGCACAGUGAGCAACAGGACUCACUACUUCUCUCCACCUACCCGCAACAGCCCGGGACCCUGGCCUACCCCCCGCAGCCCACACCCCCACGCCCCCCUCGCAGGCUUAGCAGUCUGUCUGAGUCCUCAGGCCUCCAGCAGCCACCCCGGUAGUGCCAGCACCCCAGCUGGGUCACACUCAGCUUUAGCCAAUGGAUGGAUGACCCAGGGUGGCCACGGGGGCUUGGGAGGGGGUUUUGACCCUUGGCUUCCCUGCACACUGCAUACAUUUCAGAACUCCUGAUGGUACCCAUGUCUGGGGCACAGCAGCUGGCAUGUGGAAAAGGAUCAGGAACAGGAAUGCUGACCGGGUUUCCCUUGCCUCUGAGCUUCUAGGGUACAGUCUACAGCCAUGCUGGGCGGAACCCAGUGCCCCACAGAAGUGUUGUCACUCAGUUCACUUUAGCUGAGGUGCAUCUCACCACAUCCUCCCGAGAGCAUGCUGUUCACUAGCCAGCCGUGGCCUGUCCACAUGUGCUAGCCGGACUGCGCUCUCUGGAUCGCCUUUCCUUUGCAUUGGAGAAGCACUGGGUCAGGGAUCUCUUAGAGAGAUGAAAGAGAUAGUUCAUUAUUUUUAAAUGCUUGUUUUCAUUAUAAUUUGCACAGCUGCACAGAGGAGAUAAUGCAGGCACUCUCCGUUUUUAAAAAUAAGUUCUAGUGACUUCAUUUGGAAACCACAGUAACAAAAUCAGCCCACCAAUCAAAUAGCAAAGCCAGUGGUUAUUAACCAGGCUGCAGACCCAUACCUGCUGGCCUACAUCCUAAUGGAAUGAGGCUCUUAACCCAACACCAUUAUGUUUUUCCCCUAAAUAAAACACUGGACUGUUUCCUGUUUACUUCGUUGAUUGCAACUACAAAGACAGGCUCAAAGCAAAGCACAAUCCCAGAGCUUAUACUCAAGAAUUUUGUUGAGAAGUCUAGGACUAUGUGGGAGACAGGCCUGUGGAGCACGUGGUCCCCAAGAAAACCCCACCAUGAGCUGGCCCUUUGGGUGAGAAUGCUGCAUCUUUCUAAAUAGCUUUCAUGAUAAGAUUGAGGAUUGGAUUUUCCUUUUCAGAAUGCACUUUGCUUUUUUUGUAUGUUUUGUUAUGUUGAGAUGUUUCUAAAGAAAAGAUUUUAUGUAAUUAUAAGAUGAAGUGUAGUGAAUUGUACAGCUGUUGUAAUAAUGACCUAUUUCUAUAUAAAAUAAAAUUGUAUGGGUUAUGUGUAAAUUAUUUUAUAUCCGAGACACCAGUUCCUUUCCCAAAUAUAAAAGUUUUCUUGUGUUUUUCUGUGACUGGACAUUUUGUAAUAAAUUAACAAAUUUGUACAA